GAUGAUCCAAAAACUACAUAUGAAUUGUCAUUAAAACUCAUCAGAUCCAAAAAUCAUGGAUCUUCUUCAGAAUCGGAUCUAUCAAAUCUGAACACAAUGUUUUUAUCUGCCCUAAAAAAUUGGACUGUGCUAGAGCCUUCAGCAGAGAAAUGUUUAGAGUCUCUGAUGAAGACAAAUGAUGAUGAUUUAAAAAUUGUAAGACCCAAGGGAACAUAUGGAGCUAUUCUUAGACUCCAAGAAAUGUUGGUAAAUAUUAGGGAUCCAAUUAACUUAGAAGCUGAUGAUGAUCUAUUUUGUGACAAAGAGACUCCAUCACUUGUUCUUGAAGAUCAUCUGGACCCAAAUAUUAUGUUUAUUUUUGACUUGAUUCGAU